CAACCCCUCACGUUAACUGGACCACAUCUAGACGCCAGGUCAUUGUGGGCUGUUGGAUCCCGGAUGGCCCGUGAUGAGGGUCUCAUGAGCCUCAUGAAGGGAACCAGUGCGUCCGCAGCUCGCGAGGGCACGUAUUCAACAACCCGCCUCGGGACAUAUGAGGUUUUCAAAGACGAGUUAAAGGAACGGACGCGAGAAACUUUUGACCCCGAGGGGUUGCCUUUGAAAGUAACUGCUUCCGUCAUAGCUGGCACCAUUGGGAGUGCCAUUGCCAAUCCAACAGACCUCGUUAAAAUCCGGAUGCAAGCUUAUUAUCCUCCAGCCACCUAUCCUUAUCACUCAAUGCGGCACGCUUUCUCCUCAAUUUACAACGAAGCUUCACACAAUGGGCAGCCUCCAUCCGUUAUCGCUGGUCUUCGCUUUCUCUACCGGGGAGUUUUUCCGACAGUCAUCCGUGGAUGGACUGUUGCGGCAAGUCAGAUGCCAGCAUAUGAUCAUACAAAGCAAGUAUUGAAGUCCAAGCAGUUGGUCAGAGAGGGCUGGUUGGCUCAUUUCGUGUGCAGCAGCAUCGCCGGAUUGGUGGUUUCACUGGCAUCUAAUCCCGUAGAUGUUAUUAAAGUUCGGCUAAUGAACGAUUCCAUGGGUUUGUAUAAUCGGUCGAUCCUCGCAUGUGUUAAUUCCAUACUUUGCCACGAAGGGCCAUUGGCACUCUACAAGGGAUUUACAAUGUGUUGGGCAAGACUUGGCACACACACAGUAGUCACAUACAUGAUAUACGAGCAGAUCCGACUGGUGCGUUUGAUCCCCUGA